UCCAAUAAGAAAAGUUUCAUUCUGUUGUCAUUAUUUGUUUGGCAUGGGUCAUAUCCAAAAACAUCAUCAUGAAAUAUCUAGAAAAUUUGCUGAUAUAUUUUAGCAAUCUUUCUGCGUUUUACAUUUUUAGUGUCGCCACUUCGAUUGCGGUAGUCUUGCUCACCAUCUACCUGGGGAUAGUGACGCGAUUUGCAAAUGGUACCAAUGAACAGGCCGAGAGAAAAACAUCCCGUCCAACACAGUUUCAGAAUGGCUCGUCCACCGGUGAUGGAUCCGACAGUGAUAGCACCAACGAAAAUCUACGAAUUGAAUCCGUCCGACAAUUGAAGUCAGCGAAACUAAAAUCAUUGGAACAACAGCUGACCGAUGAACAGCGAGAAGCUGAGAAGGAAAUUGAAAAAGCCCAAUUAUCGGCAAUUUUUGAACUGUUGAAAAAGCAAAGCGAAAAGUUUGAUGGAGAUGCCAAUUUGAAUGAAGAUGACUUAAAAGAGCAGCUCACUUUGUACCGGUGAAGCGCAAAAUCUAUGCGUAGAAUAGUGUACAAAAUAGACGUAUGUCAAAUAUGUUAAAGAGUUAUAUAGACAGCGCUAAGUGAGAGUUUGUAUUACAAUUAUCGCAAAAUUGUAAAAAAAUGGAUUGGUGAAUUUUAAAAUGUGGUCUACAACACAUGUUCAGAGAACGUCGUAUUGGAACACAAUAGUCUGUUUGAUAGUGCUAUGCACUAAGGUUGUUUAAAAAACAACAACGGGUAAAUAAUCGCGUAAUUUCAAAAACCGACGUAAUGAAAAUCUCCAUGUUUUGGGAGUUCCAUGACCUUACCAAUAAAAAUGUAGUCGAUUGUUGUGUAUAAAAAAACAUUCUGAACAAAGUUUAUCUAUGCGUCGUAUUUUAAAGAAACGCGCAUUCCUUACGUCGUAUUUUGAAAUUAGGUGGUUUUUCACGCGGUAACGAGUUUCUUUGCACCACAUCAACCAAAAAAUUAAACAAAAUAUGGCAACAAAAAUGAAAAUCCAUUUUAUUUAUAUUAGUUAGAUCAUGGCGAUUUCGUUUUCUUUGUUUUGUUCCCAUACCUAUACAUUAGUUGUUUUUUUAUUUACAUCCCUUUAUAAUAAUUUAAUUUUACGAACAGAUAAUACGUAACUCUAGUCAAAACCAAUAAAUGUUAUCGUCUAUUUUUGUACGGCUAACAAAUUAGGCUAAAUGUACUAAUGUAAUUGUUUCACAAUAAACUGCAUAUCACACUA